AUGAUUCCGCUCGCAGCUGAAGCCCCCGUGAACCUCGCGACGGCCAAGACCCUCUCGAAAGGGGCCGUCAGUGCCAGCAACCCCGGCGCCGACGAAGAUGCGGAGUUUUGGAAGAACACGUUCAGAGACCGUGUGCCCCAGCACGCGGCGGUGACAGCCAAUUGGCGCGAGCCGUCGCCGUCCGAGUUUCGCGUCCGCAGUAAAAAGUACCUCACCGACAGUGUCAAGGAGGCCGUGGAUCACCCCAAGUGCGACUUGGUCUGGGUCGACGUGUUCCAGGGGAAGAAAGAAGCGUUCUUGCAUGCUGCUGCGCGCCGCGACGGCGUCGUCGCCCACUUCCACACGCUGUACCCAGCGAACGAGCUCUUCGUCCUCAACAUUAUCCUGCCCGGCAAGCCCGAGGUGACGUACGUCAACUACUUUGCACUGCGGACGCCGGUGGCCGGGACGGAGGACUCGGCGUUCGGCCGGCUUUGGCGGGCGUUCCUUGACGGCUCGGACGAGUUCCGCAACGCUCGCCUCAAGCUCAUUCCGCGCAUCGUGCACGGGCCGUGGAUGGUACGCAAGGCCGUGGGCUCCAAACCCUUUAUAUUGGCGAAAGCGCUGCCGAUCCAGUGGUUCCGCGGCAAGCACUACCUCGAGGCCGUCGUCGAUGUGAGUUCGGACGCUGUCGCGCGCAAGGUCACGUCCAUGUGCCGCAUGUGCGUCUCGUCGCUCACCGUCGACAUUGGGCUCGUGCUCGAGGGGCAAAAGGAGGACGAGCUCCCAGAGGCGAUGCUGGGCUGCGUCCAGUACGACCGACUGGACAUGGCCAACGCGACGCCGAUCUAA